GUCACCGCCACUCGCACUGUGCCCUCCUACCACCGCGCACGAUCAACAGAUACUGUUUCUUUCCUUAAUAUAAUUAUAACGAAGCACAUCUGUCAACAUGCGCCUCUUCUUCAUCGUACUGAUGCUCUGUAUCGCGGUUUACGCUGCGCCGCAGUCGAAACUACUGUUCGCUAACAGUGAAAAUAACGGCAAGCAGUUCAUUGAAGAGGUGGUCGUGGAGUCUGUCUUGCAUGUGAAGAGUCCUUCUGGGACCAGACAAGCGCGAACCAAUGUCAAAACAAACCUGCAAGAUGGCUCUAGUGUCGCCGAGGCGAAGAACUAAUAAAAUGGUCAUAGCUUUAAUUAUAAAAUAUCUAAUACACUUGUUGUCAUUUAACUAGUCAAAUAAUUCUGUAUAUAUCUACAUUUUUAGUUACUAUAAAUAGACCUAACACAAAAAUAUACAAGUAAACGGUGAUUCUUUAUGGUC